AAUACGCCAAGGCUGCCGUGGCUGCUGAUGCUGGCAAGUGCUCGGAGAUUGGCCGGGAUAUGUUGGAAAAGGGAGGCACAGCCGUAGACGCUGCGAUAGCAGCAUUUCUGUGCGUUGGUCUUUAUAACUGCCACAGUGCCGGCAUUGGCGGAGGAUUCUUCCUGUUAUUCUACAACGCUAAGGCCGGUACUGUAGAAAUGUUGGAUGCGAGAGAGACAGCGCCACUCGCUGCCUUCGAAAAAAUGUACGAAAAUGAGACAGAAGACGCCUCCACUUCAGGUGGCUUAUCCAUUGCUGUUCCUGGGGAGAUAGCAGGUUACUGGACCGCUCAUCAACGAUACGGUGUGCUACCCUGGACUGAUUUAUUUCAACCUUCGAUCAAGUUGGCUGAGGAGGGAAUAGUGGUUAGCAGUGCGCUCGCUUAUGCAAUUAAAGUCAGAGAGAGCUACAUGAAGAACGAUCCAAGCUUAGGGGAAAUUUUUCUGAACUCAGAAGGGGAGAUUCUCAAGGAAGGAGAUACACUGGUCAAUAUCAAACUGGCGGAAACUUACAAGAAACUAGCAGAGGGUGGAGAGAAUGCUUUCUAUAAAGGAGAUCUUGCCGAUGACAUCGUGGCCGACAUUGCCGAUAGAGGUGGUAUCAUCACAAAGGCAGAUCUGGAAAAUUAUCAAGUAAAACGGAAGGAACCUCUAAUGAUUGAGUUGGAUGGUAUGAAGGUGUACUCGCCUCCCCCACCAGGCAGUGGUGCUGUGUCUUCGCUGAUAUUGAACAUAGUCGAUGGAUAUGGCAUUGGUCCAGAUAGCAUUGCAACCAUUGACGCUGAAAUCUUGACAACUCAUCGUAUGGUAGAGGCUUUCAAGUUCGCGUAUGCAGGUCGAUCGUUUCUUGGAGAUGAAGACUACGUUGAUGUCAAAGAAAUUGUUGCCAACAUGACGUCACAGGCUUAUGCAGACUCCUUACGAGCCGCUAUUGAUGACAACAUGUCUCACGAUCCCUCUUACUAUACUGCUUACUACAAUCAGCCUGAUAGCGGCACAUCCCACCUGUCGGUCGUUGAUACACACGGCAAUGCGGUAGCUGCUACGAGCACCAUUAAUCUUUAUUUUGGAGCCAAAGUUCGUGGCAAUCGUACAGGAAUCCUCUUCAACGACGAGAUGGAUGACUUCUCAAAGCCCGGAGAACCAAACGCUUAUGGCCUCCCACCGUCUGUUUCAAACUUCAUCCGGCCAGGAAAACGACCAAUGUCCUCCAUGACACCCACCAUAGUGGUGGAUCGUGACGGCAAAGUGAAACUCGUGGUUGGUGCAUCAGGAGGCUCACGAAUAACCACCGGUGUGGCGCAGGUAACCGUGGAUACAUUGUGGUAUGGUGACAGCAUAAAAGAUGCGAUCCAACGCAGGCGUUUUCAUCAUCAGUUAGUUCCCAAUAAUGUCACCUAUGAAGCAGGUUUUAAUCAGGACGUUAUUGAUGGUUUGAAAGCAAAAGGCCACUAUCCUUACGAGUCUACUGGUAACUGCGUAGUGCAAGGAAUACUGCGAGACGCACAGGGUUUCUGGAGCGCUUACAGUGACGACCGGAAAGGAGGCCAUCCAGCUGGCAUUUAAAAUGUUGAUAUGCGGUGCUAAGCACAGCGAGACGAUGGCAUAGCAACUAUUUCAUGUCAGUGUUUGAUAAUUUGUAUGUGAUCCCAAGUCACUCAGAUUUUCGUCAUAAUGAACUUAGGCAUGGCCACAUCGCAUCAAAGGGAAAGUUAAUCCACGCUGAAUAGAGGGUUUAGGGGCCUAUUCUAUGGUUUAAACAAAUAAAAUUUCAAUGUCACGCUGUUGUUGGCACGGUAAAGCAGCUUUUGAAACAAACGGCGAACGAUAAACUUGGAAAGUUGUUUUUUAAACAGAUGACGUUUUGAAACUCGUAGAUGAUACAGGGUGAGGAUUUAUUCCAAUAACACAUUGAGUAAAUUCAGAAUUUAUUAAUAGAUUCACAAAAACAAAUACAUGUAACGAAAGUUUCACAUUUGUUGAUUAGAACGAAUAUUUUCUUGGAAAUAUUUUCUUAGUAUUGCACUUGCAAUCAUUAUUAAUUAACAAUUGUUGACCACUGUGGUGUGGGAUAUGACGUUUCGAACACCUUCGGGCACGCAUAGCGGGGCGCUAUGUGUCCAUCGGGUGUUCAAAAAUGUCAUAUUUCACAACACAGCGUUUAACAGUUGUUAAAUUUCGCCCUGUCAUGUGAUCGUUCUGAGUCAAUAAACGGACAGCAUCCAAGACAGAGGUAUGACAAUGUAAAUUGUUGCACAUUAUAUCCUAUAUAGGCCUAUUAGCAGUAUAUUGCUUAACUGACCGUUUCGAAAGUUGUGAAUCUUUUUUCAGCGAAGUGAUAUGUUAACCUAGGGAGGCUAGUCCUGUUGUUUGCGAGUUCACCAUGAAAGUAAUCUUUUUAAAAAGAUAUUUUGGCACGUAAUAGCCAGUGGUGAAGAAGGUCCUAAGUUUUGAACAGUAGUGCUGUCAAGUUCGUCUUUAUGAACUGUUCCUUGAAAAGGAAUCCGCCCAUAAUUUUUUCUGUUCUGUUUUCCAGCUGAGAGUGACAGCGAAAUGCAACAGAAACUCCUCGAAAUCGAAUGUUACCUCAUACUUUGUUGUUUUAACAAAUGUCUUCUUGUCCGAAGUGCCUCUUUUCACAAGUGCCUUUUACUGAUGUCAUGCCGAUGUAACUACUUAUGCCUCCUGCAAAAGUGCCGCCUGUUGUCUAACACUGUCCUCCUUGGGUACAUAUUUAAGUCCACACCCAAAAUACGACCUUUCUGUGACACUGUUGGGGAUAAUAUGUAUGUCGGAGGAGCGAUUACUCCAUUUUGUGUCCUACUGUCUGGACUUUUGUUGCAGUCCUCUUUACGGACUUGUAUCACCGAGAUAGGCAUAGUAGAGAGUGUGAAAACUCUGGAGUCCGAUUGGUGACCUCUAACGUGAUCUUAUUCAGCACAUCCUUGAUGAGCUGCACUGGCGAGCAGUUCGACAACAUAUUCACCGAAAGCUUGCUCUUUUGGCGUUCAAGGUAGUCCGUAAUAGAUGAUGGCACCAACACACAUCUCUGGACGUUUACAGGGCCAUAAACCCAAUCGUGCACGAUGCUCAUUUUAUCACCUUCUCGGUCAAUCCAGUCUAAGUAGGACCAUCUUCUAUGGCGACGAUUUUUUGCGGAAUUGUCAAUGAUACAGCACACUUUACCUGUAAACAUUCGAUACACAGGUUUUAAUCUUUCUACGAAAGCUUAAAGACCCAUCUUUUUAAACCAAUAUUUGAAAAUACAGCAUGACACUGUCAGUUUAGUAUAUUUAUUUUGGCGAAAUAUCUUGUGGCCGUCGGUUGGUCGGUCAGCUCAGGCGGCCUGUAGGUCUUUUAGUCAGCGGCUCUUUUCUCCGUUUUGGCUGUUGAACGUUCUAUCUGUCUUUCUCUCCGUUUGUCAGAUUUCACUUUACAAGUUAUACUUUUAAGGGUGUUGGGUAGGUUGAAUAUAAUAAUUAUUACUAUUCUGGCGUUUUUUCUGAAAGUAUGAUUUGGAUGUAGUUAGUAUAUUAAUUUAAAGCAAUGAUUUUGUAAUCAUAUCCGGCUUGCAAAUUUAACCUUCUUUUACAUUACGUUGCAUAUAUAUGUAAACUUUUUUGUGUAAAGAGCCUUGUGAUUUAAUAAAUUAAUAUAACGCGAUAUAAACUGACUUUUCUGGGUCUUAAUUUUAACCCUUCAUUCGGGUGCACAGCCUUUGAUCGAUUCACCAUCAGGCACAGUUUUGUCAUUCAUGCAGUCGGCAGUAGCGUUGGAUUCUGCACGCUCUCGUCACUGGAUUUGACUGUGUAUUAUUGCAGAUAGUCAUACCAAUUAGAAAACAUUGUUAUUGUUGUUAUUGACCACACAAAUGAUGAUCACUGAUCUUAAUAUUUUUGUUACAUGGAUAUAAAGUAGGGUCGGAACGCUCACCAACUAUUACGGAAUAUUUCGUUUGGAAAAUAGCAACACUGGAAUUCUACAUGAGAAGUACUGAGCGGUAAGUUUGA